GCUCAGGCUGGACACGUCAAAUACCUGGGAGCCAUCGAGGCAACGAGCGAGACAGCAGCGAGGCAGAGGGCGACCGGUGAGGCAGCCGGAGCCCUCCGUGCAGUCGCCGCCGGCGCCCCUCCCGGCCCGGGCCUGGACAUCCCUUGGUGGGUGUCCGCGCGGGGCCUCGCCGAGGCUCGGGGCUCCUGCAGUGCCGCCCUCCCGCCGGCCGCCCUCCCGCCAGGCUUUCGCAGGAGCCCGGCUUUCACUUCCUCUCGCCUCCGCCCGUCUCCCCGGCUCGCCGGCUGGCGUCGCCACCGCUUCCUCGUCCCCGGCCACCUCUGUCGCCGCUGCUGCAAUCCAAGACUCACGCUCUCCCACUUUCCCUCUGGAGGCGUGGAGGAUGCCCCUUGCACCAGACUCGGAGAAAUAGCCCCGAGCCCGGCCGGAGGAGCCUUGGUGGAGAGAAAGGAAAUCCAGGCUCCGCUUUCCAUGAAGCCGCUGCAGCAGCUGGCAUCUGGGAAGGCGCCCACAGAAAGGGCUCGCCCAGCGGGACGCCAGGAUCUCAGCGAGGUCACCCCGGCGCCUGCUGAGCUCCGCUGACAGAGUUUACAAGUGGCCGAGACCCCUCAGGGAGGCUGGCGCCAUUCCACUGAGCACCAAGUGAUCCUUGACUGGGGUCAGGGCCCCUGUUUUCUCCAAUCACCUGACACUGCAGUCUCCGCCCCUCCCUGCUUCUUCAUAAAAGCACUGCUGGAAGCAGCUCACUGCUCUUAUCAGGAGCCCAGGGUGGUCUUGGAGGGUUGGAUGCACCCAGCUUCUGUGUCUCCAUGACAACAAGAGGUAGAGGUGGCAGCCCUGAGCCCUGAAGCUUGACUGGAUGGAGGCCCUCCAGCUUCUAUUCCCACAAGGCAGGCAUGCUGAGCUUGGUCCACAGGUGGGGAAGAGGCCAGAAAUAAGGCCCUCAGUGAAAUAAUCUAGCUCCGACAUACCUGAGGACCCAAGAAAGGGUGAGACGUGAACCACAGUUGUUUGUGAUCCUUGGAAUUGUCCAUCAAUUGCUAUUUUCAAAGUUCUUUUGGGACUCUCUGAAAUGAAGAGCAAGAUGUAGGAAAAUGGGACCAACUCCUGGGUGUCAUGAGCCUCAAAACCCAUUUUUUGGUCCAAAGAAGUUCAUUUUGACUUUGGGAGGGCUGGUGAGCCCUAUCCAUUUUUCAUUUGACCUCAGCCAAAAACGGGACUUGCUGGACUCUGGCCUUGACAGUCACCUUUGCAGAGGGAAUAAGACUGAGGACCUCCAGGGGUUCUAUCACUAAGGGAAGCUUGGGAGACUAAGCCCCUCUAUCUCCCCUAAGCUCCUCAGCCACACCCCUGUGAGCUAGUCCGGAAUGAUCCCGCUAUGGCCAAGCUCUGGUUCAAAUUCCAGCGGUACUUCCGCCGGAAACCCGUGCGCUUCUUUACCUUCCUGGCACUCUACCUGACAGCCGGGAGCCUCGUCUUCCUUCACUCUGGCUUCGUGGGUCAGCCUGCAGUCUCCCAGGAUCAGGCCAAUCCUGCUGCUGCAGGGGGCCCAGCCGAGGGUGCAGAGCUGCCCUUCUUGGGUGACAUGCAUCUGGGCAGAGGCUUCCGAGAUGCAGGAGAAGCCUCAAGCAUCGCCCGCAGGUAUGGACCCUGGUUCAAGGGCAAGGAUGGCAACGAGAGAGCAAAGCUGGGCGACUAUGGAGGAACCUGGAGCCGUGCCCUCAAGGGAAGGGUCGUCCGAGAGAAGGAGGAAGAAAAAGCCAAAUACAUCGGCUGCUACCUGGAUGACACCCAGAGUCGAGCCCUUCGAGGUGUGUCCUUUUUCGACUACAAAAAGAUGACCAUCUUCCGUUGCCAGGACAACUGUGCUGAACGGGGUUACCUGUACGCCGGGCUGGAGUUCGGCGCUGAAUGCUACUGUGGCCACAAGAUCCAGGCGACAAACGUGAGCGAGGCAGAGUGCGACAUGGAGUGCAAGGGCGAGCGGGGCAGCGUGUGCGGCAGCGCCAACCGCCUCUCCGUCUACCGGCUACAGCUGGCCCAGGAGUCGGCCCGCAGGUAUGGAAGUGCAGUGUUCCGAGGCUGCUUCCGCAGGCCUGACAACCUCUCCCUGGCCUUGCCUGUGACGGCCACCAUGCUGAACAUGUCGGUUGAUAAGUGCGUGGACCUCUGCACAGAGAAGGAGUACCCGCUGGCAGCUCUCGCGGGCACCGCCUGCCACUGUGGGUUCCCCACCACGAGAUUCCCCCUCCAUGACAGAGAAGACGAGCAGCUCUGUGCCCAGAAGUGCAGUGCAGAGGAGUUUGAGAGCUGUGGGACUCCUAGUUACUUCAUCGUGUACCAGACACAGGUCCAAGACAACCGCUGCAUGGACAGAAGGUUCCUGCCAGCCAAGUCCAAGCAGCUCAUCGCUCUGGCCAGCUUCCCAGGUGCCGGCAACACAUGGGCUCGCCACCUUAUCGAGCUGGCGACUGGCUUCUACACUGGCAGCUACUACUUUGAUGGCUCCCUUUACAACAAAGGGUUUAAAGGUGAGCGGGACCACUGGCGCAGCGGGAGGACUAUCUGCAUCAAGACUCAUGAGAGUGGCCAGAAGGAGAUCGAGGCCUUUGAUGCUGCCAUCCUGCUCAUCCGUAACCCCUACAAGGCUCUUAUGGCAGAGUUCAACCGCAAGUAUGGCGGGCACAUCGGCUUUGCAGCUCAUGCCCACUGGAAGGGCAAAGAGUGGCCUGAGUUUGUGAGGAACUAUGCCCCAUGGUGGGCCACUCACACACUGGACUGGCUCAAGUUUGGCAAGAAGGUGCUGGUGGUGCACUUCGAGGACCUGAAGCAGGACCUCUUCAUCCAGCUGGGCCGGAUGGUCAGCCUGUUGGGUGUGGCCGUCAGGGAGGACCGGCUGCUCUGUGUGGAGAGCCAGAAGGACGGCAACUUCAAGCGUUCAGGGCUCCGGAAGCUUGAGUACAACCCUUACACAGCAGACAUGCAGAAGGCCAUCUCCACCUACAUCAAGAUGGUGGAUGUGGCCCUCAAAGGGAGGAACCUCACAGGUGUGCCCGAUGGCUACUACCCAAGAUGAUGAGUCAGCAUGGGGGGAGGGACUGGGAGUUCUGACCAAGCAGGCCCUGGAGACCCCCCACUGACCUGUUCUAAGGGUUUCUGGGACCAUCCCCUUCACUGCAGUUUGCCUUCAGUGAGUUUCCUGCAUGACAAAGGAGGCUCCAGGGAAGAGAUUGUCCAGGCACUUCCACCAUACUCACGUCCCUUCUUGAAGAUAUAGGGCAACUGGUUUGGGGGGAUAUCCCUUUUCUGUCCCCCUCUCCCACAUGUCCCUGUCCUGACCACCCUGGAUUCUGCUUGUGGGAAGGAGGGCUCAUUAUCUCAAGGAGUCGUGUGGAUGCCCUAGAGCAGUUUGCUGAGGACCUUGAUGUUGGAGCUCAAGGGGGUGACAUAAAAACAUGGCCAUAGAUGCUGGUCCUUUCUGGCCUGAGCUUUUGUAACUCCCUUUCUUAUCUCUGCACAGGAUGCAUGGUCACUGAUGCUUAUCCCAAGCUACCUUUUCUUAUAAAGCAAAAUCACCAGGAGGUUUCCCUGUGGCCUCAGGAUUCUGACAUUCUGGGUAGGAUGGUGAGGCAAUGGUGCUCACAGUGGGUGAAUUGGCAUCAUGAGCCCACCCCCAGGCCACUGCUUCUUGAGAAACAAGCUGGUUCCCUCUCUAUGGGCCUGAAUCUUGCCCUUUCCUUUCUUGUGACCUUGGGGUCCUUGAUCCCACUUUCAGGGUCCUUCAGGCACCAACAGUUAACCCAUGAGGGCAGUCUCAUGUCACAUGCAGAAUCUGAGUAAGUGAGAGCCCCAGCAACACAACUCGCCAUUGUGGAGUCCAAUGCAUUGGUCUUACACUGCCAUAUGGAUCCUUGCCAAUGGGUCCUUUGCUGUACAGGUGACAGAGCAAGAGUGCCCCAAAUAAGGUGGAACCUAGCCCAUUGUACCUCUGUUACCUUUCCAGACCAUCAACCUCUCUUUGACAUAGUCCAACAGAGCCAGCCUCCCCUGGGGGCCCUUGAAGGGAUGGGGCGAAUGUGAUGUCUCAGCUUUUCCAUACCAACACUGCUGUCUGGAUGCUGGGACAGCAAACCAAAGGAUUUCGGAAGACCCGAAUCAUUGAUCAUUUUUCUUAAAAGGCAUUGAUCCAGGAUUCCAUCUGCUCCUCUACCCCGGACAUCAGUGCUUCACAUCCGGUCCACACCUGUACUAUCCUUGAUCAUGUAGAUGCAAAAGCCAUAUGUCACAGCCUCUUUGCUAUUCUGUCUGGAGCAGCCUCCCUAAGCUGUCCUUCUGAAGCCUUUGGGUGCACAUAAAUGCUCAUUCCUAAAUAGCAAAGAGACUAUGGAAAAGGCAAGUAUAAAAAGAUAUAUUUUUUUAAGAGGAAUAUGACUAACACAUAGUACAUUCUGCCCCUUGGAACCUGGCCAUGAAAAGAGAAAGGCACGGGGAUUUGGCCGGUGCUCCCCUUCCUCGAUUCCCUCAUCUGUAGGAUUUGGGCCACCCCAGGGCCCACCCAGAGGGCUCUGAAUGUAUUUUUUACUGUGUUCAUCCCUGACCACCCCCCCACAUUGCCCCAGGCUAAUUUCCAGCCACUUUCAUGAAGCAGCAGAGAGCUUGGUCUUCCCUCCCACUUGGAAGUCAGCUCUCAUUGGGAGACUCUUGGUCCAAGUCCAGGCCCAGUUCUUUGCUAAUGGUCACCUCUGGCCAUAAGCUUCUGUCUGAGGAUUCCUCAGGUCAACACCAUCAUUAAAUGAGAGUUUUGUUGAUAAUUCAACUGUGGCAGAGUGUUGUGUAAGGCAAGUUUAUAAAUGGGAUGUUUUCCUGGUGU